CACCCUUAUCAGUUAUUAAAGUGACACGGCCUUUUUUCCCCACCCGCCUUGCCUUGUCCUCGCUGAGUGAAAGUAAAGCGGAACAGCACACCAGGGAGGACGAAAGCCUUUUUAUAGACCUAGUACAGUAGUAUAACUCAGAAGUGGAAGAAGAGCAGCUCUGUUUGGCCCGCUGAUGGCUGAGCAGCUGAUGCAGGGGAGCAGCGGCGGACCCCCAGGCUUCUUCAAAUAGAAAUUGAAAGGAGGAGGAGGAAGAAGAGGAGGAGGAGGAAGAGGAGGAGGAAGAGUAUGGAGUUAGAGUCAGCAUCGGUAUGCGAGGCUCCAUAGUCAGCAUGCUCGCGCAGAAGAGCGUCGCCCCUGCGCGGCAGGGUCCGGUGAGGAGGACGACACGCGAAGCGGCCAGUGGAACAAAUGUGGGCGAGAGGCUUAAAGCUGCCCGGGAAAGAAGAGAGGAGCAACAGAGGUUACUUGCCUCGCAGGUGCACACCAGGUAUGAGCGGGAGCAGCGGGCCAAGCUUCGCUAUGAGCAGCUGCUACAGGAGCGGCGGAAGAAGCUACAGGAACAAAAGCUCAAGGAAGACAGGAGGCGCGCCGCCGUAGAGGAGAAGCGACAGCAGCACCUCAGGGAGGAGAAAGAGCGAAAUGAAUCUGCUGUCCGCCGGACCCAGGAGAAGAGCCAAAGAGGCCAACAGAACUUCAGCCAAAAUGUGAGAGGCAGGAAGCCCGCAAAAAACGCUCCACGUCACAUAGCACUCAGCACAUGGGAGAAGAACCUGGUGUGUCGCCUGCUAACCCCCACAAGCUCUUAUCUGGCCCGGAGCAAGAGUGCCGCUGGUCAGUCAGGAGAAGAAGUUGUUCAUAUUUGUCGCCGUGCAGUUUCAUUUUACUCCACGACCAGUAGCAGCCCGAGCAGUACACCGCAGAAGCUCCACGACCCCAGACUCCAGAUCCAGAGGCCCCAAACGCAGAAAGCCAAAGAUCAAAAACCCCAGAUUGACAGACUCCAGAACCAAAGACCCCAGAUUCAGCGGCCCCAGAUCCAGAAACCCCAGAUCCACAGACUCCAGAAGCAGAGGCCACAGGACCAGAAACCCCAGGUCCAUAGACUCCAGAACCAGAAAUCCCAGAUCCAGAGAACCCAGAACCUGAGGCCCCAGAGCCCGCCAACAUACCUGAGUCCCAGCCACAGCCAAAGCAGAAGCUCCAGUGGUGUACAGCCCAAAGCAACCACACCACACAACGCUAAGAAGAAGACUCCAAACAUGGGUCCACAGGCUCGCUCGCCUCUAAACAAGAAUGCUGCCACUAAAACGAGCAGAAAAGAAUCAUUGCCAUCUCCAGAACGGGCUCACAGGAGAUCGAGCCAGCGGCAAUCCAUCCCUCUUCAACUGGACCUCGAGUCGGUUCCAGAGGAAGACGUUCCCAUUGGCAACUCAGCUCUGUCACCCGGCAACUCCAGGCCUGCCAGGGCCUCUGCCGAAGACAAGAUGGAGGAUUCCUCUAAGGCUCUGAGCUCCGAGAUGGAAAUUGAAAGCAGAACUGCGGGUGAUGGCACCGAAGCCCUGCUGAGGCCCUCGAGUGGUACCACCGACCCAGAAGAGGCCUCUCGCCUGCUGACGGAGAGGAGGCGAGAGGCCCGGUUGCUCAGGGAGCUGGAGGAGCAGGAGCGCUUGGAGGCGGCCGAAACUGAAAGGCGGAGUCGCGAGGAGCUGGAGUGCCGCAGGGCUGAGGAGCGAGCCCGGCAGCAGGCUGAGGCUGAGUGUCUGAUUGCUGAAAAACAAAGAUGCGAGGAAGAAGAGCAUAGGCGGGCAGAGGAGGAGAGAGCUCAGGCUAUGCGGGAAGCGGCUCUACUGCACAAGCAGAGGGAGGAGGAACAAGCCAGAGAGCGGGAGAAAGCGGACCAGUUGCAGAGGGAGCGUGAGCUGCUCUCACAGCAAGAAGACGCGGAACGACAAGUCAGGAAAAAGCGACUGGAGGAGAUCAUGCGGAGGACCAGAAGAACAGUUUCUCCUGACACGAAAUCAGCAACGGUGAACAUCUUACCGAAGGAGAACAGUGAGCCUCCUGUGCAGGAUGCCGUCAAGCUGCCGGUGGUUUCCAGGCCCUCGCAGACGGUCGUGGAUGACAAGGACGCCGAUGAUGACAUCGUGCCAGUGGUGGCCUUUAAGGAGCGCAGGUCUCUCCGGACUCUCACAGGUCUGGAAGACAUUCAGACACACCAAAGAGCGGGUGAGACCACGUGACAAAAGCCAAAGACGAAAACGCAUUGGAUAGCCUUCGUUGAGGUCAUCUGAGCUGCGACGUCUCAGCCAAGGAAGCAGCCAAGGAAGUCACCAUUAUACUUUGAGGACUGCGAUAAUGGCCAUUUUCUUCUAUGUUUGAUUUGAAGGAAAAUGUCCUUAAGGCAGGGGUGUCAAACUCAUUUUUGUCGCGGGCCACAUCGCAGUUAUGGUUCCACUCGGAGGGCCGUUAUGGCCGCAGACCCAUAUGAAUGCCUCAUAUUAUUACAUAUACACAAAUUAAUGGACAAUUCAUUUUGAAAUCAGAAGCCAGUAAAAACUGUUUGUUCAACUACAAUAUGAAUCAAUUUUAUUUUAAAAGGGUGGGUUGGUAACAAAAAAAUGCUUGCAAUAUCUCAAUAUUUUUUAAAAGUGAAGCCAAUUUGCAAUUUUGGUAUUAUAGCAAGAAACACAAAGUCGAUGCACACUCUCACGGGCCACAUAAAAUGAUGUGGCGGGGCGGAUCUGGCCCCCAAGCCACCAGUUU